AUGGCCUCUGAGUUGCUCCUGUCGACUCGGAUGAGGCACGAGGAUGACAUCUUCGUUCAUCGGCCUCCAGGCUGGCAAAGCGGGAACAGAUAUUCCGGGCUCUCCGGGCGAAAGCACACCAGCUUCACCGCCUGCCUAAAAGUGUGGACUUUAGAAGAAGCCCCUGCACCAGUAGAGGUGGCACCAGUAGAAGAAGCCCCUGCACCAGUAGAAGAAGCCCCUGCACCAGUAGAGGUGGCCCCAGUAGAAGAAGCCCCUGCACCAGUAGAGGUGGCCCCAGUAGAAGAAGCCCCUGCACCAGUAGAGGUGGCACCAGUAGAAGAAGCCCCUGCACCAGUAGAGGUUGCACCAGUAGAAGAAGCCCCUGCACCAGUAGAAGAAGCCCCUGCACCAGUAGAAGAAGCCCCUGCACCAGUAGUGGUGGCACCAGUAGUAGAAGCCCCUGCAGAGACCUUGGCAGAGGGUCCCCAGAGAGAGUACAUCGUUGUGGUUCUUGAAGGAGCACCUAAAGCUGAGAAGCGGCUCAAGGUGCUGGGCGUGAGCUCCAUGACUGGUAGAGUCAUCACAGCCCCAGAGGAGGACCGCUCCCCUGCUGAGUAAACGGCUCCUGGAUGAUGACCUAAUAUCCUCCAGAAGGAGAGGAUGUGCCUUUCUCCAACAUCUUCCCUUCCUCCCUUUACCCAAUACAAAUCAAAGGGACUUGUAGUAGUACAAAUACAGUUCCAGUGUUAAAAUAUAAAUAACGCACAGACCCAAGCCUGCGUUAUGGAUCCAUUCACCAACAUGUGAGCAGUGCCCAUUACUGUGACACUCCACACUGACCUCCAUGUCCUGGCUCAUCCGUAGAUAAACAGAUCUCAGGUGUUUCCUUCACCAGCCUCACUAACACUUCUUCAGUGAAUUGCAACCUGUUACCUUGUGUGUUUUAAAAACGGACCCAUCCAGUCACCGUUUCUUCUUACUGUUACAGAGUUUACUGCCUCCGAAUCACUCCGUGGAAUACCUCCAUACAGCACCACAUUCUGUUAACCCAUGCUCUGCCUAGCCACGUCUAAUGUGAAAUUAGUGUUAUAUUUUAAAGAAGCUAGGUUCAUUUUUAUUCACCAAAAUUACCCGACCUCAGGUUUUUCUUCUACUUAGUAAAGAUUUAGAGAGACGGCAUGUACCACAGCCACCUGGCUACCUCACUGUUCCUUAUGUUUUCAGCAUUCAAGCGACUGUACCUCUUCUUGAAGCAGUCUGUAUUGCAGCUCCAGAGCCAACAACACAGUUGCAAAGCCAAUUCAUGGAGCGCCCUAACUCUCCUAUAAAGCAGGCAUUGUUUAUUUUCCUUCCCUUUUUUAAAUGGUAAUUCAACACUGAAACAUGUGUUCCUCUGCUCUCAAUGGGUAAACUCUAAAGCGCUUCCCCAGUCGGUGAUGUCACAGCAGGUUCGUUCCACCAACACCAGACACUGACCCAUAGAGAGCAGCAGCUGUUUUCCUUUUCAUGUUCAGUGUUUGCAUACCCUCUGUUCAUCCUUAAUGAUAUAGACAAUCUGAUGAUUAGAUGUGAAUGUAUACAAUAUAAGGGACAUCUUCCUGAUUGGAAGAUAAUGGUGCAAAAGUCCUUCUACCUUUUGUUCUUUUCCACACACACCCCUGAGGAAGCUGGUGUGUUCCUAGAGAGCUGCUUCAGUGAGGAUGGUCAGUGGGUUGAUGGAGGAUGUAUGAGCAGCAUUCUGUUCUUUCACUCUGCUUUCAGUCAGAUCUGUGUGGAUGUGUGCUUUAAAGGAUGCGGCAUGUGCGCUCGGUAAUGCUCUUGAUGUGCUUGUGUGACGUGAGGUGUGUAUGGGAAGUGUUGCAGUCUGUCUGAAGUAAAGUCUCCUGUGUGAAAUGCAAACUGUCCCCUCUUCUUUGAGGCCCUCUUUCAGAUCUCUCCCCUCUACUCUUGGAUUGCUGGCUUUGUUAGUUUGUUCUAUGUUAAUUGAAAAAUAUCUGAGAAUAAUUAAAUAUGACAAUUUAGUAAUGUAUUUUGAAAAUGUAAAUUUGUCUGUUGAGGCUCUCAGGCAGGUUUCUGUUACGGGAUGUGAGUUGAUGUCUUUGAUUAAGCAAAGGACAGAAACUGACUGCUUCACACAUGCAUGUAUUUGCAAAAUAAAGAUGGAUUAAACCUA